CCUGGGCUUUACACAGCGCCGAAAAUGAAAUAAUCACUCCAACAGUCGAUAAAAUGUAGUCAUAAACAAACAUACAAAUAUUUUUUAUGUUUACGACAUUUUCUAGCCGCACAUUCACAACCAUUAUUGAAGUGCUUUAUCAGAAGAAUUAGUUAUAGAAAUGAGACAGACUAUAAGACUACAGGUUCUGCUAGUAAAUGUUCUUCUUUUAAAGACAAUUAUGUCACUGGAGAUAGAGCGAUUCGUGAUAGAAGAUAGGAGUGACCCGGCAGACCAGUUAAAUUUUAAAAGAAUUCUAGAUAUUAUUUCUAGAUCUAGGGAGACGCCGCAGACUUAUCGAAGGAUGGAGGAACGAGCUGAAAAAAUUAAAUUCUUGUACAAUUUUCUCAGGACUAAACUUGGUACUAGUAGAAUAAAAAAAAUUCUUCGUAACCAAGGUGAAACAGCCAGUGUCCCUAAGAUGGACUUGGAAGGAUUAAUCGAGAAUGAACUUAAAAACGCACUGGCAUUAAAAUCGUCGGCACUCAAUGACCGGCCAGUUCUCCAAAAAAGGGGAAGAAAUGAUUUUCUUGUGAUGAAACCUGAUGUUGUGGACCCAUUUGUAACUGUGGUCCCAAACAAUAUUUAUUAUAAUAUUGAAAAGAAAUGUGUCAAUUGGUUAGAUGAUUGUAACCUUCAAGGUAUAAGGUCGAGACUGCUUCAAAAAGUUAAAUCUCCAUUUAAAUAAAACUUUUUUCCAAAUAUUGAGCUAUGUACACGAUAGCAUGUGCUAUACAAGUUUCAACACUAAAUAUUUAUAUAUUAAAAAAGACAUUGGUAAACCUUUAGGCCUCAAAGCAUAUUGUUAUGAUUAUAGUACGAUUAUGAAUAAGGAUAAAAUAAA